UGAACCCCGAGAGCCUCAGGGUGAGCGCCGAAAAUCCCCUUGAUAUGGCAGUCUGGCUCGGACCAUAGCUGCCGUACAGGGGCAGCGAAGAAUGAGGGAGCUACUGGAGUGAACAGGGAAGUUGCAAAUUCCCUGCAGCUCUGGCUUUUUUCCCUCGACCCAGCGAGGAGGACCGCAGCCAUCACCAGCUGCCUGAAGUGGGACGGCCACAAAGAAUGGGCAGGAGGAUAAAGCACAAACACUGAACAAAAUAUUGAAGCCGGGGAAGAAAAAUCUGAGGACCAAGAUUUACAGGUUCUAAAGGACAAAUCCUCCAAAUCUAAAAAACUCAAGAAAGAGCGGAAAGAAGAAAAGCAACAUGAGCAUGCUCAGCCCUCUGUGGAACCAGCUGAGGCAGGCAAGGCAGAAAUGUCGGAAGGAGCUGGAACUGCUCCAGCUGUACCUGAAGCCUCUGCAUCUCCAAAACAGCGCCGUUCUGUCAUCCGAGAUCGUGGUCCCAUGUAUGAUGAUCCCACUUUGCCUGAGGGCUGGACUCGCAAACUCAAGCAGAGAAAAUCUGGGCGCUCGGCGGGGAAGUAUGACGUCUAUCUUAUCAACCCCCAAGGCAAGGCCUUCCGUUCUAAAGUUGAGCUCAUCGCCUACUUUGAGAAGGUGGGAGACACUUCGCUGGAUCCUAAUGAUUUUGAUUUCACGGUGACUGGACGUGGGAGCCCCUCACGACGAGAACAGAAGCCUCCUAAGAAAACUAAAGCCCCUAAAUCUCCUGGCACAGGCCGUGGACGGGGUCGACCUAAAGGUAGCGGCUCUACAAAACCUAGAGGAACUGCUUCAGAAGGUGUACAGGUGAAAAGGGUAAUUGAGAAGAGUUCGGGAAAGCUGCUAGUCAAGAUGCCUUUGCAGUCGUCUUCGAUGGGAGCAAAGGCAGAAGGAACAGGUGGGGCUACCACUUCAGCACAGGUCAUGGUUAUCAAGCGUCCUGGACGUAAACGGAAACCUGAAUCGGAUCCCCAGGCUGUACCUAAGAAACGGGGACGAAAGCCAGGCAGCAGUGCAGUAGCAGCUAUUGCCGAAGCUAAAAAGAAAACAAUCAAGGAACCAGUCAUCCAGGCAGUCCGGGAGACAGUAUUGCCUAUCAAGAAACGUAAGACACGUGAGGCUGUCAGUAUAGAGAUCACCAAGCCAACUCCUCCUCCUCCAAGCAACACAGGGGAAUGGAGUUCCAAAGGACAGCGAAUGGCUGCCAAGAGCCCAGGGCGCCGCAGCAAAGAAAGCAGCCCUAAAGGGCGGGGUGGCAAUGCUGUGUCAACCCUCGCCCCUUCCUCUUCUCCUGGCAAGAAGGAUCAGCACCUCCCUCCCCAUCAGCCAUCUUUGGAGCCCCAGGGCACCUCCCCUGCUCAGUCCCCUGAAAGCCCUAAGGACAGCAAGAGCCUUCCAGUUGAGCCCCAGGACUUGAGCAGCAAGAGCUAUAAAGAGGAGAGGGCUCCAGAAAGUGAUGGCUGUCCUAAAGAGCCACCUAAGACUCAAUCUGGUGGCACAGCUGUGUCCUACAAACAUGAGCGCAAAGAUACUGUGUCGUCCUCCACGGCCUUGUCCCGGCCUACAAACAGGGACGAGGCCGUGGACACCAGGACACCUGUGUCAGAGCGGGUCAGCUGACUUUGCGGGGGGUGAGUGAGCAAGUGAGCGCCAGAGGUAACAAAGAGAGGAACAGGCACUCUCAGCCCCACACACCCAAAUGAGACUCCAGGCAGCUGCCGGGUAGAAUUCUCUUUUCCCACAAUGCCCUGGCUUUCAAUCAAUCAGCUUACCCCCAAACUAUCCCUCUGUGUCCCUCAUUCCCCCCAUUUUUAAUACAGACAAGCACAGUGUGGGGUACAGAAACAUGCCUCCCAGGGCUGGAAGCCACUUUGCACUUUUUCUACAGAACUGGGGCCCACUCUUCCCUUUCCCCAUCUGCCUGGCUCCUUCUGCCAUGCUUUGCUGAGAAUACUACUGACAAGGCAAGCUGUUUGGCGGGGGAGAAAUAGCUUCAAACUCUGGCUUGUUGCCCUGAUCCUGUUUGCCCUCCAUAUUAUAGAGGCCCCAUCAACAGAUCAGGUGGAGAGGGGCCCACGUGUGUAUUCCACUCCACCUCCCUAGUGCCAUGUAAUGUAGUUGUCCAGUCUUAGUUGGAGUUCUGUAGUUUUCAGUAGGGUGUGUGCGCAUGUGUACACAUGAAAGGGAGAGAGAGAGAGAAAUAGGGUUGUGGUAUAUUGGGGAACUAAUAUCCCUCAUUUGCCAUUUAGGCCAGCAAUUAGGAAGAAUAACCUCCCCACCUCCCCCCAAGAAUAGCUCUGCUGCUAAGAGACCACUGGGAUACUAGGUGCAGCUUUGUAUUAAUGUCCUCCUUUCCUGUGUCAGUCCUGAAAGGAGAGGCCUUUGAUUUUGUUGAAACAAUCUGAGUGUGCUGAAUAGCAUGUGUGUGUGAGCUUGUCACAUGCUAAGAAUUAAAAAGAGAAGUUCUUCCAGUUACUGUCAAUGAUGUUAGCUUAGGAAACUGUUUGCACUAAUGGAGGCCUUUGUCCAUUUGUUGUGGGGGGCAGUGGUGUGAAGGAUGUACAGAGUGUGCCUGUGUGUAUCAAAUGGGGCAUUGGACUGAACACUGGCUCACCUCUCCACCUUACUUCUUGUUCAGGAAAGUAGCCCAAUGUGUGUAAAACUACCUGUAAUUCUUUGUGGGAUUGGUACAUGGUAAUGGCUGAAAUGAGAAGCCUAGUUGCUUCAAAUAAUUUCCCUACAGUUGGCAACCAAGCUCUUCCAAGGCUGUUGAGCACAUAAUGCCUCUUUCCCAGGAAAGCAGGGCUCAGCAGAAGUGUAGCGUUUUAUUGUGUAUGUCUGCAAUUAAGGUCUAUUUUUUCCUUCCUAAUAGCAGAAAACAGCACUCAGUGGGGGAAGGGGCAGGACAUUGGCCAUGCUAGUCCGCUUAUUUUUAUUUAAGUGAAUAUGUAGCACAGAGGUAAUCUAGUGUCUCUCCCUACUUUUCCUGAACUGUAGCAAAUAAGAAGAAAGGAAGCCUGGGUCUCAGUCAAAGUCUAGGCAGAAAGUAGCUAUCUUAAAUAGCAUUCCCCCUCCCAGUGGUGUGAAAUGAUAAAACAAGGCCCAUCUUGUUUCAUUAGGGUCUUUGAGGACCCUAAUAGACAUACAUCCUGAUAUCUAUGAUAAUUUUUUUUUCAUCAAGAAGUUAGCACUCAAAAUCAGAAAGUAUUCAGAGCAGUAGCUUUUUACGGUCUAAAUAUGUGCCCUCUGACCCUUGUUAGUCGUUACUGGGAGAAAAAUAGAGCAUUUGUUUUCCUCUUCCUAGUAUAGCAGUUUGCUUGCGGGAACGGCAAAAUUUACAACAGGAAAAUUAUUUUGAGAGAGAAGAAUAUUACAUUUUUUUCUUAGCAAAAUUGGAGUUCCUGCAGUUAUAUAUGUACAUACAUACAUAGGCUCUCAGGAGUCAUGUCUGUUUGAGACCUUGGAGAGCCUCGUUGGCAUAGACGAUGACUUUUCUCUGUUCUUGCCUAUGUACCAGACAUUGGAAUAAAAAUUCUUUCUGCAUAAGCAGCCAAAGUGAAGUUAUUAGCCUUAGAAUAUGUUCUGUUCAUAAGAAAAAAAUAUUUAGUUUUCUCUGUGGGAAGACUGAUGAGAUUUAGCCCUGCAACAACACGGAUUUAUUUUUUUUCUUAGCUUCUUUAGCAUAAUCAGAACUGAAAAUUUGAUAUAUAUUUUUCUUCUCCUUGAUUUGCAAUAAGGUUGGGGCUGGCUUCUCUUCUUUCUUUAUCGAGAAUAAAAACCAAGCCUCUUUCUUAAUCAUUAGAAUUUGGGCUACAAUCUGUGGCUAAAUGAAUUCCCUUUCUACCCGAAAGCAUAAAUAAUCUGAAACUAGCUCAUUAUUUAUUGGAAUGAUGUCUCUGUGCUGAGAAGUACAUAUGGGAAACCUGAUAGAAAAUGUAAAGAAGCACGCACAAGGGAAAAAAGGAGGAAAUUUCUUUGCAACAAUUUAAACUCUUUAAGGGCUUUUCCUCAAUAUUAAAAAAGGCACAAAUUUAUUUUGGCAGGGGAGGGGGUUUCCCAUCUACAGUUUUCCAAACCACAGUAAAUAUUCUAUUCUGUUGGAAAGAGAUGGGAAAAAUGCAGUACACUUUGGGGAUACAUUUGGGGAUUUCUAAGGUUUUGCACUUGACUGAGAAAUCUAGAGUCCCUUUUCCUCCAGCUUCUAAGCCUGCAGAGACAACCUUCUAUCAUAUAUUAAUUUUUCUAAGUUAUGAGAUUGUUUUGGUAAAUGGAAUAGAACCUUACAUUUCAUUCCACUUUGGGGUCACCUCUGAUGGGACUUCUUGUAAAAAUAGUAAACAUAUACAGACAUAUGUCAAAGUUGAAAGUGUGACAGAUAACAAUUUGACAUGAGUGAGUUUUACAGAGCAUUUAUCCUUGGAAGUCAAAGUUUAGAUACACAUCAUGAACGUUUCCACAGAAGAAUAUCAUGGUAAAACAGCUUCUUAGCCUGGCCAGCUUGAAACAGAGCCACAUCAAGAUUAAACAAUAGUGAUAGCAAUCUUUCCAAUUGGAAUAUUGGUUUUUUUUAAAAAAAUCAGUUUGGGUUAUAACUGAAGCCUAAGCUGGAUGUAGUAGUCACCAAUCUGUUUAUAGUUUUUAAAAAAAUCAUGUGAAGAGGAUAGAUUAAAUAUUUCCUGCAGUUUACUCCUACAGCCUGCUAUAUACAGGUGGUUUGCAGGAUGAAAAGCAUACUCAAGCUGGGUUUAGAGUGCCACUGUUACAAUACAAGCUACACCCUUUUCAUAUGUGCAAUAUCACAAUACUUGUACAUGAGUGGAGCUUGUGUUACAAUGUGUAACAAUGCCUUCAUCUUUUGUUCCCCCAGUAGCCGACUGGAUACCUGCUGACAGAUAUAUUUUCAUUCAUACACACAUUCUUCUUGGAAGAAUUCUAAUAACAGGAACUAGGUUGGAUAGAAAAAAAUCCUUGGGAGAGGAUGAUGGAGGAAAUAGCAGACUUGGAGACUGUUGCUUUAUGUAGCUGCCUGCACUUAUGACCUAAAACAUGGGAACCACAUUUCCAGUUCAGAUAUUAGAACAAGCUUAUGGCUAAGCAAGCGUGUUGUGUCAGUUUAGUCCUGUCCCUAUAAUAUAGGGUAUUGCUGCAUUCCAGUGUCUUUUUAGGAUUCAUAAUACUAUAGUGUAUAGCUGAGACUACAAAUGGGGCUGUAGCUCUGCAGGAAGUAUGCUCAGCAUUUGAAAUUUUUAGCAUUUGAACCUUCUGAACUUAACAUAUACCCAUAGACAGAUCUUCUUUAGUUUAGUUUACUGUUGAGAGUAUCAAAAGCCUUGUGCCUUCCUACUUAUUUGGCAAAGAUCAUUUUAAAAAUGUAGCUUUUGCUAUCAUGAGGCGCUCUGGCACUCUCCUAGCCAUGUACCUUUCAAAAGAUAUAGGUGACUACUUUAUAUAAAAAGGUGGCAGCCCUUUGCCAUGUCCUUUCCUAGCGGUUUCUUGAUGCCCAUUGUUGAGGCAGAUAAUUGCCCUCGUGAUGGAAAUACCUCCCCUUCCCCUUUUUUUAAAAAAACAUUUUCAUGGGGGAGAAUAAUGCACUUUAAAGCCAAGAGAGGAUAAUAUUCUUUCUUGCUUUCUUCCUAUUUGGGUGGACAGUAGAGCCACAAGCCCAUUGAGAUCACAUGGUUUAACAAUGUCUUGCAAAUAGUUUAAGAAUAGGUUAAAUUUAAUAUGGGGUCAGAUGGGGAUAUUAAAAGAAGCUUCAAACAUUAAGAUUUUGGGGUAUCUUUAAUUAAGCAUACCUAUGAACAUGGAUGGAAUUUGAAACAUAAAUCCAAAUUAGAAUAUCAGUACCCAUAUAUCAGCUAAAAUCAUAUUGUACGUAGUCUCUAUCGUUACCUGGAUUUGAAAAACUUGUAAAACCACAGGGUUGUUUUUUUUAAUCUCAUGUGUCUUGACAUUCCAAACAAGUCAAAAGGUGACACUUUUACACUAUUUCCCUUCCUUAAGUUGUGAUGUAGGGUGGGAACUUGAAGGUUCGUUUUGUCAGUAAGAGCCAAACUAGAUCCUUGUAGGCAGACCAGGAUUGCUGCUAGAUUGCUACAAAGUGAUUGUAAGAGAGGCAGUUUUGCACCAGAGAAGCAGCAGGCAAGCAAAAAGUUUUAAUUCUGCUUGCUUUUUUUCUGACUCUCCCUGCCUUCCUCCCAGCACAUGAACAUUUCUUUGCUGCAUAUGGUAUUCGUCUUGCUCCGCUUUGCAGCUGAUUACAGACCUGGGUCUUCCACCAAAAUCUAGUUCAACCCAAAGGAAGUAUUGAGAAAGUAGAGCAGGAGUAGAAGUCUGGCCUCUUCCCACCAUUCCUUCUAAAGAUGCUGUUGGAACUAGCUGCUUUUCCAGAGUGCAUUACAUCAGUAGUAGCUUCACUGGCAAACUGCUUAUUUACAGGGAUACAAAGUGACUAUCUUUGCUCCUAACUCUGCCCACUUCCACCCAGCUCAUCCUGAAGACACAUGUGGAUAGUGCCUGGAGUUUGAGAGACUGUGCAAGAGGGAUUUACCUUGUUAGCAUUGUGAACCACCUGAUGUUUCUGUGUCAAGUGAAAAUAAACUUCUUGUCAGUUUCAAUUAUUAUCCAAUAAUGUGUAGAGUUUAACGUUAGAUCUAAAUCUUUUUUGUUUGGGGAUUUAAUUUCUGUUUUGUGUGUGUGUGUGGUGUUUUUUUUUUUAAGGCACCAAGUAGACACAGAAAAAAAUUGUCUAAUUUUAUAUAUCUGUAUAUUGCAUUAUAAAUGAGGGGUAGCUUUUUUUCUGCUUAUUGCACCACUACCAAAUAAGGAUAACAGACUGACAAGCAAGGAAUGGUAUGGUAUGGUCUGUUGAGAAAUUAUUACAUGUUGUUUUCUUUACUAUUUUUCCUAAUCUUCAGUAUCCUAGCAAGGGAAAAGAAAACAUCCUUCACAAUUGUCUGCCAGUAAAUGCCAGAACAGAAGAUACAUUCAGCUGGGCUGGUCUCACAUUUUUGGAAGGGGAUUUUCUUUCUUUCUUUCUUUUUUUGCUCAAUGGGUUUGAAAAAUAACAGGAUGGUCACAUAUAGUCAAUGUUUUAUUUUUUUUGCACUCAAAUCUACUUGUGGGGAAGGGCAUUGACUUGGGUCUAGGAAGAUAAAGUGAAGAAAAUGUGGAGUAUUUGGUCUGUAUUGUGAGUUAGCUCUCUAAAAAUAUUUUCAGUUUACUUAGAGCCUAACGAAUGUUAUUGGCAUGAUUUAACUCUAUUGAUUAUGGCUACUUCAAUUACUCUGUAGUGUAAUUUUUGGAAAACUACUAUUGGUCCUAAACAAAACCUCUUAGUGCUCUUCCUCAUUUUCUUCAUAGCAAAGUUCUUACCUGGCUUCUCAUCCUCCCACUUUUACUGUUUUUAAAGCUAAUAUUUCUCCUACCACUCCUUUUCAUUUUGUGCAUUGCAUGCCAUCUGGCAUAAAUUGGAAGCACUCCACGAUAGCAUGUUCCCUUGUUUAGCUGAUAAGCUGCCCCUUAUCUUUACUUCUCUCACCUCUCUUCCCUGCAUGUUUAGGAAAAAAUCUAGGUCUGAUUUCCAAAGACAUCAUGUCUGGAUUUGAUAUUGUACCUUCAUGGUUCAGUGUCGCACUGCAUCCAGAUCCUGGAAAGAAAAAGGUGUGAACAAAAAAGGGACAUGUCAAAUAUUUGGGUGCGGAAAUGAAGUAUUGAAUUUGACUCUCACUACUUUUUCUACUGAUCAAACACGUUUCACAGUAUUUUUCAUACAGAAUGAAUUAUCAAGUUUUUCAAAUUGGACUUUGCCCUUUCUCCUCUUAGUGUUGCUUAUGCUUGCAUGAGUGAUUGCUGAGAUGUUCAGUUUGUGUCACACCUAAUAAUUUUGUAUUAAAACUUUCAUUUUGUCGACAUCUUUGACAUUACAGCUCAAGUAACAUUCACCAAAUCAAAGGCUGAUGUGUUUGGAAACAGAUUGUUAAGCAAAAAAAUAGCUUGCUAGCACUUUACUGACACAGUUCUCAUCAUAUCCCAAAAGGCACCAUUAAUUAGAAAGAGGACCAAAUAUGACAGUUUCCUGUCUGCCAGUUUUCACUUGCAAGUUGUGGAAAUCAGCAAUAUCUGCACAAGAGUAGCAGCUUACAAUUGCCGUUCUUCCAAAAGCAAAAACCAAGCAUAGAUUACACUUCUCGAGGGACAGUGUUACUAUAUUCUUCCUAACUGAGGUUGGGGAAGAAAAUUUCUCAGUCCAUAAAUUGACAUGCAUAAAAUUUUCUUCCAGUUAUGGUUAUGGUUCCUUCUUCAAGCCAUUUAGAUGAGCAGUACUUACUGUGGUUGUGUUAUCUCUGCAUGAAGUGGCAGAAGAGUUGGACAUUGAUUUUCUUUAUGAGUGCAAAAAAAAAAAAAAGGCUUUCCUCUUUUUCUCAGGCAGAGGGAUGGUAGGAAAUCCUUUCUCCUGCUUCCAUAAAUCAACAUGCCGCUAAUAACAAACCAACUUCCUUCUGCUUCACAAUUCAGUAGUGAUCACUAUAAGACCAAAUAUUACAAGGACUGUUAUUAAAUGUAUGCUGAGUGCUUGCUACCUUGUACAGCUCUUAAUCCUCACAUAGCCAACUAACUCUACCCAGUGACAUUUCUUUUUUUAAAAAAAAAUAUUCCAGAGACACAGAAUUUGGGGUUGGGGUGGGAGUUGUUUUUUAUUUUCUUUUAAAUAGUGUUUUUUUUUUCCUUGAGAAGGGGGAUGUAACAGAAAAGAACUGUGGUAUUUGAGACUCAUUGUGUGUAGGGUUUUAUCUCCCCACCCUGAAAAAAGGAAUGUCAAUGAAAACCUUUUGUGUGUGUGUGUGUGUGCGUGUGUGUGUUUAUUUUAAUGGUCCACGAGUAUGUAUCGUGAACAUUUCUGUAAAGUAAUUGUUCCAGGCACAAAUGCUUCAAAUGUGAGUGUCAAAUAUAUGUAUAUAUUUUAAAAGGGAGGAAAGGUAUAUGCUUUUAUUUUUGUCUUACCAUUGGCAGUAGGGAGAAAAGGGUAGUUUAGGCAAUUUUUUUAACAACUUCCCAGGGUAUUUUGUAUGCUUCAAUUUCUAAUAAUUACUACCAGAAGUCAGUGUAUCGAAGAAAUAAGAAUAUGCUUAGACUCCUUCAUUGAAACAUUCAUUUGGCAGGAAUACAAUGGUAAAAACACAAAACCCCGGAGGAACUUCAUAAAGUUUUCAUUUUUAAUAAUCCACCACUAGAAGGCAAUUUAGGAAAAAAAGGAAAGUGGUUCUGUAGAUUCCUUCAUUGAAUACCCAUUAAGGGGAAAAGAAUAAAGUAGCAAAUCAGGAUCUAGCAUCAUAAGUAUUUUAAAGAAUAAUGCAUUGAAAUUCCAAAAAUCAUAAUUAGCACUCUAUUAGUUGGGCUCUAUGUUGUUUUAAGAAUUGCCCCACUAAUAUUUUUAAUGCUGAAAAAUCACAGUUGAUCCAUAUUAAUGAUCCUUCCAUACUAAAUCUCUAAUUUUAGGAAAAUAAAUAUUAAGAAACUUUCCAUUGAGGUUAAGUAGAGCUUCCUUGGCUCUUUUGAAGAAUUUUAAAAAUAUAUACUUUAUUGUGUACCCCCACCCAUAUUUCCUGAUCACACUUUGCAUUUGUUUGAUGCGUUUUUGGGACAAUUACUUUUAAGAAUUCUGAGUAGAUUGUUUAAUAAAACUUAAAAAUUGAUUGCUCUUUUUGUAGGUUUUGUCUACAGCCAAAAAAAAAAAAAAAAAAAAAGACUGAAAGCACUGACUAUAUUUAAAAAAAAGAAGAAAAAAGAAAUUUAAUAAAGGAAAAUUUGUAUAAUUUCAGUAAGAAAAUAACAAAAUCCGUCUGAAUGUACAUGUAUAUGUUUAAAAGAAAUCCACCAAAAUCCCUCCCUACCCUUGUAUCCUAUUUAUUAUAUAAAACGUUUGCCUUAUAAAUUUACAAGAAAAAGUC